AUGGCGAUCGAUCUGGUUCUGAAGCCGUCGUGCAGGUGCGGGUCCACCGCGAAUCUUUACGGGAGCAAUUGUAAGCACAUGACGCUGUGCUUGGACUGUGGCAAAAAAAUGGCGGAGUCUGGGGCCAAGUGCUACGACUGUGGCGCUACCGUUACUCGCUUGAUACGAGAAUACAAUGUUCGGGCUAGUCCCAACAACGACAAGAACUAUUUCAUUGGUAGAUUCAUGGGUGGGCUACCAAGUUUUUCGAAGAAGAAAAGUGCUGAGAAUAAAUGGUCUCUUCAUAAGGAAGGACUGCAAGGGCGCAUGCUGUCUGAGUCUUUGAGGGAGAGGUACAAGAAUAAACCUUGGCUGUUGGAAGAUGAAACUGGCCAACACCGUUUUCACGGCCACAUGGAAGGCUCACAGUCGGUGACUUAUUAUCUGUUAAUGGUGCAAGGGAAAGAGUUUGCUGCUAUUCCUGCUGGUUCCUGGUACAACUUUAACAAGGUUGCACAAUAUAAGCAACUGACUCUGGAGGAAGCAGAGGAGAAGAUGAAGAACAGAAGAAAGACAGCAGAUGGAUAUGAAAGAUGGAUGAUGAAAGCAGCAAACAAUGGACCGGCUGCUUUUGGGGAAAAGGGAAGUUUUGAUGAGAAAGAUGAUGGUCCAGCUGGGCCCAAAGGGCGAAAAAAAGCAUCUGGGGACAAUGAAGAAGGCAAUGUAUCCGAUAAGGGAGAGGAAGAUGAGGAAGAAGAAGCUUCUAGGAAAAAUAGGCUCGGACUAAACAAAAGAGGUGGUGAUGACGAUGAAGAAGGUGGACGGGGAGGUGACCAUGACAUGGAUGAUGAUGAUAUUGAGAAGGGUGAUGAUUGGGAGCAUGAAGAAAUAUUUACUGAUGAUGAUGAGGCGGUUGGAAGUGAUCAUGAAUUACCUGAAGAAUUGGCCCCCGCUCCUCCAGAAAUCAAACAGGAUGAUGAAGACGAGGACGAUGAGAAUGAGGAAGGAAAAUUGAGUUCGUCUGGGAAAGAGUUGAAGAAGUUACUUGGGAAAGCUGCUGGUAAUAGUGAUUCUGAUCGUGAAGAAGAUGACGAUGACGAUGAUAUGGAAGAUGACAUUUCCCCUCUAAUGGCUCCCAAGCGGAAAGAGGUUGUUAAGGAGGAACCAGUUGAGAAUAGUCCAGCAAAAGCAACAGCUGCGGGAUCUUCUAAGGGAAAUGCAUCAUCUUCCAAGUCAACAAAGGGGAAAAGAAAAGCUGAUGAUUCCAAGGCAUCCAAUACCGCAACUCCCAAGAAGGUGAAGACGGAAGAGUCCAAUACAAAGAAGGUGAAGACAGAAGCUGAACCAAAGUCAAAUGCCAAAGAAGAAAGCACAAGUAAUAGCAAAACUAGUGCAUCCACUUCCAAAGGAGCACCACCUCCAUCAAAAGCAAGUUCCUCAGCGCCUGAGACAGGCCCUGUAACUGAAGAAGAGAUAAAGGCUGUUCUCUUGGAGGUUGCGCCUAUCACCACACAGGAACUUGUUGCCAGGUUUAAAUCGCGUCUCAAAAAUUCACAGGAUAAGCAGGCAUUUGCUGACAUACUGAAGAGAAUAUCCAGGAUUCAGAAGACCGCCGGCGGAGGAUCCAACUACGUUGUGUUGAGGGGCAAGUGA